UCACUUCAUGUUACAUACACCUACAACCGUUGACUUCUUGAUAUAUGCUUUGAGGCUGAAUUAAUUCAUCUCAUCCAAAUUUCUUUGCAAUCAUUUCGCAUAAACUCUUCCCAAUUAAGUUUCGACUUUAUAUAUCUUUCAAGCACGUCUUCAAUGGCGUCUCCUUCAACUUCACCCAUUCACAGCUUUCAGUAUGAUGUGUUUUUAAGCUUCAGGGGUGAAGACACCCGUAAGAAUUUCGUUGAUCAUCUUUAUCUUGCUCUUGAGCAGAGAAAGAUAUCUACUUACAAGGAUGACGAAAAAAUCGAAAAGGGAAAACGGAUCAGUGAACAACUCAUUAGAUCCAUUGAAGAUUCAAAAUUCUACAUCAUUGUUUUUUCCAAAAACUAUGCAUCCUCAUCUUGGUGCUUGGAUGAGCUUGUGAAGAUAAUGGAAUGUCACAAGACUAACGAGCGUAUUGCUUACCCCAUCUUCUAUGACGUGGAACCCACCGAAGUCCGCCACCAAACCGGGGCAGUUGGAAAAGCCUUUGCUAAACAUGAAAAGGAAGAGUCUGCUGAGAAAUGGAGAGAUGCUCUGAAAGAAGCAGCCACUCUGGCUGGAUGGGAGUUGAAGAACACGGUUGAUGGGCAUGAAGCUAAAUUCAUUGAAAAAAUCAUCGAAGAUCUUUUACUAAAGUUACCUUCCAACGAUCUUAUCAUUGAUGAGAAUUUAGUAGGCAUGGAAGCCAGGAUCAACGAAGUCUUAUCUUUUUUAGGAGUUGGGUUUGAUGAUGUUCGGAUGGUAGGGAUCAAAGGGAUGGGUGGUUGUGGGAAGACAACUUUGGCCAGAGCUGUGUUCAAUCAGAUAUACUCUAAGUUCGAAGGUUGCAGCUUCCUUGAGAAUGUAAGGGAAAAUUCAUGUUCUUCCGGUUUGAAGUCAUUACAGGAGCAAGUCCUUUUGAAUGUUGUCUUAAAUGCUCAUCCCAUCACCAUAAAUAUACAAGGUGACAAGAAAAGACUGAUGAAGCAGAUGUCUAGGACAAAGGUUCUUGUUGUUUUAGAUGAUGUGGAUUGUGUAGAACAACUUGAGGCGUUGGCUGGUAAGCCUAACUGGUUUGGGAAGGGAAGUAGAAUUAUCAUUACAACUAGAGAUGAACAAGUGCUGCUAAAACACAAGGUGAAGUUGAUUUAUAAUGUCAAGUUGUUAUCGGAUGAAGAAGCAGUCUGCCUCUUCAGUAGGCAUGCAUAUGGGCGAGAUAUUCCAAUUAGUGAAGAGCACAAAGGAAUGUUAAAAAAAGUUCUACAUUAUGCUGAAGGUCUUCCCUUAGUGAUCAGAGUUUUGGGUUUAAAUCUCGGUGCAAACAACGGUGCUAAUGAGCGUGGAUGGAAAGAAACCCUAGAAGAAUUAAAAACAAUUCCGUUGGAGGAGACUUCAAAAAAAUUGGAAUUAAGCUAUAGUGGUCUGGAGAAGGAUUACAAGGAAAUGUUUCUGGAUGUUGUAUGCUUGCUGAAAGGUGAGACAAAAGACUAUGCAAUCGAAGCACUUAAAAGUUGCGAAGAUUAUGCAAAGCUUGAUUUAAAAGUUCUUGAGCGAAAAUCUCUCAUAACUUUUUAUAAAAAUUCUAUGGGUUAUGAGUGUGUGGGCAUGCAUGACCAUAUUGAAGAAAUGGGUUGGAAUAUCGUUCGUCGUUUGCACCCGGAUAAGCCUAACCAACAUAGCCGAUUAUGGAUUGAUGACGAAAUUGAAUAUAUAUUGGCUAAUGACUUGGGUACUGACGCAACAAGAUGUAUACAAUUACGCACAAAGAAGCUCAACCCGGAGAUUGUUAUGCAAGGUCUUAGAAAGAUGAAGCAACUUAGAUUUCUUGACGUGCAUGUGGAAAAAAACAUUCGUGCAAGUAUAUUUGAUCGUUUUCCUUGGAAUUGGAAACUUAAUAAAUUUGCCCCAUACUUUCCGAAUGCUUUACAAUAUCUACGUUGGAAUAAUUACCCUUAUAGAUCUUUACCGAGAACAUUUCAGGCAGAUAAUUUAGUUUCACUUGAGAUAGCUCACAGUGAAAUCGUACAACUUUGGGAAGGGGGAGAAAGAAAGGUUCUUAACAAGCUCAAAUUCCUGGACCUCUAUAAUUCAAGGUUGAAGACUCUUGACCUUAGGCUGACUCCAAAUCUCGAGAAGUUGAGUCUUGUAGGAUCUAAUGAUUUGGUAGAACUUGACAUGGGUGCUGGAUGUUUAAAGCUCAUAUACAUUGACAUCAGUUUUUCGAAGUUGAGGAGCCUUGAUCUUAGGCCGGCUGUGAAUCUUGAGUUGUUAGUUCUUAAGAAUUGUGAUGAAUUGGUAGAACUUCAUAUGCCUAGUAUAUGUCUAAAGUUGAGAUCCUUCCACCUUAGUAAUUCAAAUUUGGGAAGAAUUGACCUAAGGCAGGUAUCAAAUCUAGAGGUUUUAAGGAUUGAUGGAUGUGUAAAUCUCAGAUCCCUCACACUCCUUAAAUCAAAAUUGAGGACCCUUGAAAUCGGGCUGACUCCAAAUCUCGAGCGUUUAGAUCUUCAAAAGUCUGACAAAUUGGAAAAGCUUCAUAUGGCCGAUGCAUGUGAAAAGCUUGCAUAUAUCGAUAUUAGUCAUUCAAAGUUGAGGACCCUUGACAUUGGGCUGACUCCAAAUCUCGAGCAUUUAGAUCUUCAAAAUUGUGAUAAUUUAGAAGAACUUCCUAUGGUCAAUUCCUAUGAAAAGCUUGCAUAUCUCGAUAUUAGCCAUUCAAAGUUGAGGAGCGCUGACCUUAGGCUGACUCCAAAUCUUAAGACAUUAAAGCUUACAAAUUGUUCUCAUUUGGUAGAACUUAAGGCUCCAGCUGGGUAUGUAAAAGGGCUUGUCUACUUAAGCUUAACUGGUUGUUUGAGGUUUAGUUCGUUUACUUAUCGUAGUGUGGAUGAAUCAGAUCAGGUUGGUCCUUUAGCUGAGUUACAUUUGAUUGCCAAGUCCCAAGAAAUAUGCCCAAUUCACCCACAUAAUAAGUUGCCAAAGUUUCAGUUUGCAUGUUUUUAUGAAAAAAGUCCCCCUUCAUUAAGUAGUAAUCUUGAGGAGCUUAUUUCAUUUGGUCUCUGUGCUUGCACAAACUUUAAUAGGAUUUCAAGAAGCAUUUGUGGGUUGCGAAAUUUAAGAAAGCUUAAACUCCAAGGCAGUUUUCCAGAGGCACCCAAGGAACUUCACCAGUUAGAAUGUCUAGAGGAUCUAAGUUUGUUGUCUACAAAUAUUAAACAUCUUCCAGAUAGCAUUUGUAUGUUGAAACAUCUAAAAUCUCUUGAACUCAAUAAGUGCUCGUUGCUUGAGAAGUUACCGGAGGAUCUUGGUCAAUUGGAAUGUUUAGAGAAGCUAUACUUGAUCGAGUGUAAGUUUCUACGAGAUAUCCCUAACAGCAUAUGUAACAUGAAAUGUCUACAAGUGUUGCAUAUAAAAGGUACAUCUAUAAGUCAUCUUCCACGGAGUAUUCUUUUGUUGAAAGGUCUAAGUAUCCGUGGGUCAAGACAGCUUCUUGAGUCGUUUGGUUUUACAUCCGAGAUACAAACCUCAAAAAACCAAUCAUUGUGCCACGUGGAGGUAUGAUUACCCAUAGCAGGAAUCUCCCCUACUGUUAUUUUGAGAGGCUCUCAAGUCCUCAAAAAGCCAAUUCACAAAGAACUAUUGUAACAGGUGUAUUCGAGAUAAAACCACCACGAUUUGGAAAAUCCCAAAGAUGUCAUUUAUUCAUGCAUUGUACCAUAUCAGAAUUCAAGAAUCAGAUGUCAAGAUCCUGACAUAUGUGGAUUUUGUGCACGUUAAUUAACAUAGUUUCAAAAAACCGGGAAGCCAUGGGCACACAAGAAGCUCUAACUUGUGAUGUGUUGCACAAUCUAUAUAUGCUCUACAUAUAUGCCAAUUGGAAGAAGAUAAGGAAACAUCACAAGGUUUUGGGUGGGAGUUAGAUUAAAUCAAUGUACAAGAAGAUAUUACAAAGGAUUCAAGGCAUUAUGAUAGCAAAGAGUUAAUGUUCAGUUAGAGUUAUUUAGUGACAGUUAAGAGCAAAAUCAGAAUUCUCUUCUUUGAUUCACCAGGAAUUAUCAAUCAGUUUCCAGUGACAAACAUAGCGACUUUUGUGUCUAUAUAGUAUAUACAAACUCGAUGGGGGAGAUUUACCUGCUUUGGGGGCAUCGUUUCAAGACGAUUUUACAAACAACGGAUAUGGAAUCAUUUGUUGAUUCAUCUACUUCUCGUCCAAUUGAAAAGCUAUAGGUAUCAAUGUCUGCUGAACUUUGGAACUUCUCAUUUGCAACAAGGAUUUGCUAAAAAGUCACGUGAAUUACAAAAUAUCGCAGAAGGAAAAUUGUUAAUAAUAUUGUAUUGCGGCAAAAUCAAGAGAUUGCAUGAACAAUUAAAGGCAAUAUGUGAUGUGACCUGUUGUUAUUCUGAUUCAGUUCUCACUGUCCUCAUGGUUUAAAUGCUGCCUUUGUUAACUUUGCAAUGAUGAUUGAGAGUUCUGAUUCACCUCGUGAUUUUGCUACCUUGAGAUCAAAAUUGCUACUCCGUGAACAAAGACUCUCAAGACAAGCCAAAAGAGUUACGGAUCAUCCUGUUGUUGCCAUGCACUCUUCCUUUGUAAAUCAUCCUCCUCAUACUGAAAAAUCCUCGGUAGUGUGUCAAAUAUGACAUAAUCGGGACAUUAUGCCAGCCUUUGCUUUCAUUUUCGCGGCUUUCCUCAAACUAGAGGAGGAAGAAGUAAUUUUCGAGGAGGUUCAAUGGUACUUCUCAGGAAACUUAGUUGGGUUUUAAUGGAGGAAAUCCUUCUGAUUUUGGCGCUGGAAAUAAUGGUGAUACUGCCGGAUUUUUUGCUUCUCCGAUUGGAGAGUACGGAAGAGACGGAAGAGAUAAACGCGAUUAGGACACCUCAUUUAGUAGAAACCUAUAGUAAAAAAAAAAACACCCUAAUAAAAAAGUCAACAGUGCUUUUUUUACAUUGAACAGCAUGUUCGUAUACUCAUAAUCAAAUAUAAACUAUCCCCUACACAAACCCAACUUUUUGUUUUUCUUUAAUUCACUUUAUUUUUAUUUUCUUUAUUUUUUAUUUAUAUAUAUUUUUUUCAUUUUAUACUUCAAUAUUAAUAUAUAUAUUUUUUGUUUUGUUACGUUGUUUCAGCAAUCAAUAAUAAAAUAUUUUAUUUGCAAUAAUGUAUAAUUUAUAUUGUUUUUAUUAUAAUAAAGUAAUAUGUAGGCAUACGAUUUUUAUGUAAUAAGAAUAACAAAUUAAAAAAACUAAAUUGUAUAAAUGUUCGUUAUGGUUUGCUAAAAAUUACCACUUUGGUUCAAAAAAAUUUAGACUAGCACCAGAGGACCAAAGUUUUUAUUUUGUUGCGAAUUUUGUCCAAUUUUUUUGAACUUUUUUAUAAUAACGAUUUUGCCCUAAUAUUUUCUUUUCUUAUUUGUUUUAAUUAUUUUAAUGUUUUCUGAAUAAAAGAAAAAUAAAAAAUAAAGAUAAACCCUCAAACCACCCUCUUAGUUUUAAUAUACUAAUGCUUUCUGAUCUACCACCUAGUAACUCAAAACCACCACCAUUCUGAUCCGCAACUCGAAGAAGGGAUGCCCGAUGCCAUCUUCCUCAGAAAACCCUACAUCUCCGCCGCCUUCAUUUCUCUACUUCUCCGGUGCUUCGUCGUUCCUCAAAUCUGAAAGCCUUCACCAACCUCCGACAGGAAAACCAUCAUAUAUGAAAGCCUCCACCACCAUUUGGGAACCCUAACCCUAGUGCGUCAAAUCUAAACCAGGACGAUCGAUAUGGCGAAGUUGGGAUACCCUAAACGACCGAUUGGAGUAGCAUUGCUAGGGUUUCUCAAUCUCCUAGCUUGAAUCUUUGCCGAAGAAGGAUAGAGAUGAAGAGAAAGAAGGAGGCGCUAUCAUUUCUGAAAAUGCAAAUUUUGGAGCUAUGAUUUCUUACAUGUAGCGGUGGCGGCGAAAUGGGCGACACCGGUGUGUCUGUGUGUUGACGACAAUGGUAGAGUCGGCGGCGAAAUGGGCGACACCGGUAUGUGUUCAAUGAUGGUGAGUUUGAACAGGUCUCCAUCGCCUUUCCAGAUCCGAUGAGAAGGUGUUACACCAGAAGAUAAUGGCGACAAGAUGGUGGUGCUCUAGUGAAAUCAUAAUCAAUGGUGCCGUCGGAGUUGGAGUCAUUGGCGGCGCUGGAGAGAUGUUGCAGAUCUGGAGCUUCAGAGUGGGUAGAGAUGAAAGAAGAGAUGGCGGUGCUCUAGACGGUAGACAAUACAUGGUGGUGGCCUCCGAAACCAUCAGUCGCCGGAACACUCAGUCGUCGGAAGCCUAUGUCAUCGGUGAUUGUAUUUUCAUGUUUUGAAACUUAGAGUGGGGGAGAUGGAUUUGUGAAGAGAGAGAGGGGGGAGAUGGAUUUUUGCAUUUAUUUUUUAUUUUUCUUUUAUUCAGAAAACAUUAAAUUAAUUUUAAAAAAUGAAAAAA